AUGUCACUCGAACAACUGCUGUCGCACUUCGAUAAUCUUCAGCUGCAAAACGCACCAACUCACACUCAUGUCGUCGAACUCGUCUGCCCGGCAUGUAAUCUGCUCCCUGACCGAGACACAGUCCCGUGUCUAGAUCCACCCAAGUAUGCUGCAUACAUGAGUCGUCCGCCCAAGAAUCCAGCCUCGCUUGGUCUGAUCGACACAAGUUUCCACGCGAUCGUGUCCUCGAGCAUCGCCUCCGGGCUGCUAGCAGAAGACGGCGCACACGGCGAGCUCCUAAAGGGGAUCGAGGAUCUAGUGUAUGUGGCAGGGCGCUCCAAGCUGGCCAUCGUCCCAUUCUUCGACAGGAACAGUCGGCGUUUCAUUACCAGAUUCCAGCUCGAGACUAUAACGAAGGACGGCCAGACCAGCACUCGCACUUUCGACUUAGGUCUCGAAAACAUGGAGAUGCUGUUCGAUGCAGUAAAGAGCAACGGCUGCAUCUCAAUGGUCCGGCACCUGCUCUCGCGCGAGUCCCUCCGAGCCUACUACCAUGUGCGGGGACAGUUGUCUGAUUGGCAUGGCUAUUCCUUCGUCAGGGACGAGGAAGCAUCGUGGGACGUAGAGUGGGCAUCAUCGCACAAGACCGAUGUGGAGCACGUCUUUCUUGAAAAGUUGAGCCGUCUGCCAUGCGACGCGGCUUGUGGCAUGGAAUCAGUGCGCUACAUUCUUCCCUGCGGCCAUGAGUUGUCAACCACACACGCUGCGAUCGCUGCUAUGAGCGAGGACGACUGCGCAUCGGCAUGCUGUCAGAUCUGUGGCACGCGAUUCCUGACCGGUGCGGAAGUGUUGCCCUACGAAGUGAGGCUGGCGAGUAAGAGGUGCAAGAGAGCAGCGCGCAUCCACGAUCACUGGACCAAGCUCGAUCGAAGUCCGAGUCCGGUGAAGUACGGCUUCGAUGGCAAGACUUUGCUCGAUGCCAUCCGAGCGGCACUGAGAGGAUUUGCAACAUUCGAAUUGAUCUCGCCAGCCUCGCAAUCAGUCCCAAGACAUGGCAGCAUUGCAGCCAUCAUGGAGUACCUCGAGAGGAUUCUUGCUGAGGAGGGCUCCAUCCGAGAAGAAAUGCCAGAAACCAUGGUCGUUUUGCUGAUCGACGACAUCCUCAAGAGGGUCAGGUGCAAUUACGGACAGCCAUUGAUCGAAACCUCGCUGCCUCCGGGCUGCGGCCAAUUCUUCCGGGACUGGAUGCUGCGAGCGGUCAACUUCGUCACGGACCGGAAGUGUGAUCCUCCCGCUUGUCGCCCAGGCAUACAUCGGCACGACCGCGAGCUUGUGUACGGUUGCACCGCUGGAGGCGUUGUUGAUGACGGAAGGAUGCCGUUGACGCGGAGCAUUGACGAGGGGCAGAAGCCGACUGGUAUGGAGGAUUUACAGGCCGAGCUGGCUGAGAUGGACCUAGAACGCACGAGCUCGCUGCACAAAGAGCUGGCUGAGAUGGAAGUCGAGCAGAGACCGAAGAUUGUGGGGAGACUUGGUCGUGAAGAAUACAUGAUGGAGGAUGUUGGUGCGGCUAUGUGA